GCUGUGCCUGCUUUGUUGCCAGUCUUGGCUGUUGAUUCAAAACUCGCGUCGUUUAGCCCUGUUUCCCACCCCCUUCUCUCCCUUUCCUUCCACCAGGCGCAUCCCUUCAAACGCUCAGCUACCACCCGCUAACUUGCUUCGUCCACCCACCCCGUCGACUCGCUCGUUUAUGUCGACUUUCUUCUCUCUCAACUGCUCCUCUUUUUCGAAUACUCAUUUUUUUGUAAUCACUCUUGUUUCUUAACAACCCACGCUCUUUCGAGAUCCAGAUCGCGAUCGCUUUAACCCACCCCCACCUGUUUCCUUACUCCCACCCUUUUUGAUCCGUCCAAAAGCAACAACAGUCACCAUGAAGUCGGCAGUGCUCACGUCCCUCAUCGGGGCUGCCUCGCUGGCCUCGGCCUCGCCCGCGGUUGAGAAGCGCCAGAAUAGCAAGGUCCCCCACAUCGUGGUCCGCGGCAACGCCUUCUUCGCUGGCAACGACCGCUUCUUCGUCCGCGGUAUCGACUACCAGCCCGGCGGCUCGUCAGAGAACAAGGACCCCCUUGCCGACACCAAGGUCUGCCUGCGCGACCUGGAGAAGUUCAAGAAGCUUGGUGUCAACACGGUCCGCGUCUACUCGACCGACAACUCCAAGGACCACAAGGCGUGCAUGGACGCCUACGCCGCGGCCGGAAUCUACCUGCUGCUCGACAUCAACAACCCCAUGUACUCCAUCAACCGCGACAAGCCCGACCCGUCGUACAACGCCGAGUACCUGCAGAGCGUCUUCGCCUACAUCGACGAGUUCGCCCGCUACGACAACACCAUGGCCUUCUUCUCGGCCAAUGAGGUUGUGCACGGCUCGGCCAACACCUCGCUGGCUGCCCGCCACGUCAAGGCCACGACGCGCGACAUCAAGAGCUACAUGGCCAAGCGCGGCCUGCGCCAGGUCCCCAUCGGCUACUCGGCCGCCGACGUCUCAGAGAACCGUAUGCAGCAGGCCCAGUACUUCAACUGCGGCACUGACGACGAGCGCAGCGACUUCUUCGCCUUCAACGACUACUCGUGGUGCACGUCCGACUUCAAGACUUCGGGCUGGGACAAGAAGGUCGAGUCCUUCAAGGAUUACGGCAUGCCCAUCUUCCUGUCCGAGUACGGCUGCAACGAGAACAAGCGUAACUUUGGCGAGCUCAAGGCCCUGAUGAGCCCCGACAUGACUGGUGUCUACUCGGGCGGUCUCAUGUACGAGUACACGUACGAGGCCAACAAGUACGGCAUCGUCAAGCUCAACGGCGACAAUGUUGAGGAGUUGGAGGAGUUCGCCGCCUUCCAGAAGGCUAUGAAGGACUUCCCGGCCCCCACCGGCCUCGCCGGCGCCUCGACCUCGCAGAAGACCAGCAAGUGCCCUGCUAAGGACCAGUACUGGCACAUUGAGACUACGUCGCUGCCCGCCUUCCCUAAGGACGCUCAGAAGUACCUGGACAACGGUGCCGGCAAGGGCCCUGGCCUGAACGGUCGCGGCUCGCAGAACUCUGGCCCCGCCAAGGUCGAGGAGGCCAACCCCGGCUCGGGUCUCGGUGGUCCCGCUAACGACUCGAACGAUAAGACGGGCAACAGCAAGAGCGCCGGCGCCUCGACUGGCGUGUCGUUCUUCAUGGCCGCCUCGGCCCUGACCGUCUCGGUCGGCGCCCUGUUCCUGUAAACGGUUGCAAGGCGAUGUGUGGGCAUGAGAGAGAGGGGGUGAUUGGGGUCUCCCACCCGUGGAAUAGGAACGACGAUCAAGGAUACCCGAAACGAACAUUUCUGGAGUGGAACAAAACCCGUGGCUUUUGAAAAUGCCGUUCAAGAGGCAUCCGAGCUGGCCCGUACCCCCCAUCCCCAUGGCGCGGCAGGCGUUUGUGUAUAAAGCAAAUUUUUUUUGUCAUUUGGAUCUCAUCAGCAGAGCGCCCUUGUCCUUCCACGAGGCGAGAGGCACACAGGAACAAGAGUCUGCUUUUCUUCCACGUUUUGUUUUCUGGCGCAUUGCAUCAUCACGUCGUUUUUAUAACAAGACAAACUUUUAAUGUUCGUG